AGAUAAGUAUAGGACCCCCUGGAAGAAUGCGAUCACAUUGAAAAAACAAGUCAUUGUGUUGCCCUCCUUCGGUUGAGCUGCAGACGCUCCAAAAUGCAGCAUCUUCUUUUAUCCGUUUUCCUGGCGUCCCUGUUGAAAAUGUGCUUUGGGGCAGAUUGGUGCUACCAGUCUGAGUUCACCUGUGAAAACCAGUGUAAUGCACCAGAAAAGUGGGAUCAUGGCAAACGAGAAUGUGCAGGAAAGAAACAGUCUCCCAUCAACAUUGUGACCAGGAAGACCAUCCCAGAUGACCAUCUGACACCCUUCCGGUUCCUCAACUACCAGGACACUUUCAGGAGCGUCAUUAAGAACAAUGGCCACUCUGUUCAGGUGGCCAUCCCCAACCAGGCCAAGGUGGAGGGUGGAAACCUGGCGAUGCCUUACAAGGCCGUGCAGUUCCACCUGCACUGGGGCAAGAACGGAGGACCGGGCUCUGAGCACACCAUCGACGGAGAACAGUACCCCAUGGAGCUGCACAUAGUUCACAUGAAGCAACAUUACACAUCCCUGGGAGAGGCACUGAGCGACCCGACUGGAGUUGCAGUACUUGGAUUUUUCUAUGAGCAAUCCAUCAGUAGUAACAGAAAAUAUGAGCCAAUCAUAAAUGCCCUGAAAAACAUCAAAGACCCAAGUGCCAACACCUCUCUGGGCCCAAUCUCCCUGGACCAUCUGAUCCCACCUCGCCAGAAUCUGACCAGUUACUACCGCUACAUGGGCUCCCUGACCACCCCGGGCUGCAGCGAGGCCGUGGUCUGGACUGUGUUUGAGAAACCCAUCCCUCUCAGCAAGAGCCAGCUGCAGGCAUUCUCUGAGCUGGAGUUCCAUGAUGGGAAGCCCAUGGUGGGGAACUACCGGCCCGUUCAGCCUCUCAACGGACGCCCGGUGUACCGGUCGGGAGGCACCGUGGUUUUAGCUAGCGUGGCCGUUAUGCUAGGCUCUGUGGCCAUGGCGAUGGGACUGGCCCAGCCCAACUAGAGAAUAGCAUUUUGUCUCCGCACCGCGACUUGCAUGAACACGAUGAGUUCUCAAACUAACCAAUCAACCAACAGACUAAACUCCUGCACUAUCAGCCAUGCCCUAACCACAGACACAUCAGCCUCCAACGCCACCAGCAUGCUCAUAAAGGCCCACAGGAAGCGGUUCACCAGCCCUCAGCCGUCCUCGUCAAGUGCCACGUAAAUGUAGUUAAUCUCAGUGUCAAUCUAAACGUGAUCCUCCGUGCUCAGGUGACAACUGUUCUGGUCACCGAAGCCAAUCAUUGACCUGACACGUGAAGUGCUUUCCAAUGGAACGUGUGAAUAGCGUUUGCAACUUAUAAAUAGGCGCCGUCAUAAAUACUUUCCAGUUUAAGCCCAUCGGUCAAAGGAGAAAGCUGCAAGCCAUGUCCAGGGUAUUUGCAGUGCCAUGAGUCAGGUGUUCUAGCCGCCACGGGUGUUGGGGUCGCCUCACCACGUGAAUACCACAGGGAGGAGAAGGGGCGUGGGCCGGUCUAUGACGAACGGCUCGCUGGUCUGUUCUGAGGGUUGUAGCUAGACGCCGUGUCCCACCUCCCAGACCCCAGCCAACACACACGCUGCAUCAGGAGGAGGAAGGGGUGGAGCGUCAUCGUCCCCCCCCCCUCCCCCUUCGCCACUAUGCUCUGAAGAUAGGUCGUUAGUAGGCUGGUAGGGGGUCAAUGAGGGAGCAGAAUACGUAGAGAGCCAGUGACUGGGCAGAGAUUCAAGUGAUAUAUCACCCGACUGACUCCUUUUUAGCACCAACCAUUUCCGUCUCAAAUGUUAGCGUUGUUUCGCAUCUUUCUCAGCCUCUGAUGAUCACAAAAAUCGACGCUGUUGUGUGAGGCUGUUCUGUCUGAUACUGAGAAUACGUGAUUUGUGUCCAUGGCUUGUAUUUUAGGAUUCUGGGUGCACUGAAUGUUAUUUACUGUGAAUUUCAAUCUGUUGUUUUCAAUCUGAUUUGUUUAUUCGGAGGGGUUCUAAAUAAAUCAUACAAGAGAUCUGGGCAGUUGUCUUGUGAGACAAGAUUUAACGAGCUGAUUGAAAUGUAGAUUUUCCAAUAUUUAAUUGCCAAGCUAUACUUCUAUACUGUGUCAUUUGUACACAUGUAUUUAUGUACUGUAUGUGUAUAUUGAUAUAAGGACACUGUUUAUUUUAUUUAUAUGUAUUUCAAAGUUUAUGAAACAAUAAUUAGUCAGAAGAGACUAUAUGUAAUAGACAAAUAGACUGCAUCAUCAAGUUGACCAAAAUAAGUUUACUCUUGUAAAUGUAUGGAAUUGCUCAGUUUUAAAUUGGUUCAGUUUAUUUAGUUGUAAUGCUUGAAAAUAUUAUGAAUACUAUGAAGAAUGUGUUCUAGUUUAACAAUAAACUGCUGACAUGCC